AUGAAUCGCCACACUGAUCGGGUAGAGGCGUCAUCUCCGGAGACAACAUUGCCCGAGGUACCCGAGCUUCCUAAACCUGAAAGGUUCGAGCUGCCACCACUGCCUAAUGUUGAGCUUCCACCAUUACCUGAAGUUCCAACCUUGCCAAAACCUGAAAUUCCUACUCUGCCAAAACCUGAAUUGCCACCUUUUCCCCAUCUUCCUGAUGAGUUGCCCAAGCCCACAUUGCCUACCAUACCAAUGCUUCCCAAGGACGUCACACCACCUCAGUCAACUACUAGUCCUUAA